AUGCCGGAUUGCUCUAAAAAUCUUUCUAAAAUUAUCGAUAACUUCAAGCCUAGUUUGGAUGAGCUGAAAAAUGUUUUUCAAAACGCGCUGUUGAAAAAUUUUGAAAAUGUUAGUGUGGAUGUAGUAGCAUGCCCAGAUUUAUCAAAGUCGCCAUUCAAUCAACAAUCAUCGGGAUUCGGUAAAAAUUUGAGGAUCGCCGAAGUUGGGGGACCUGGAAACCUGUUUCCUGAGUUUCAUCCAGAUCAUCAGUUUGAUAUUCGGGAAAUUGCAAAAGUUUGUGAUAGCCCUUCAGCAUCAGUUAUCGGACCUGGAGCUGGACCAUGGCCAAUCGUCGGAGUCAACAACGAAAUGGUGGCUGACGUGAACUUGAAGACCAACAAAACAUCAACAAAAAUAGCAAAAAUUGAUGAGGAAUCGCCAAAAGGCUACGCGAUUUCCAUUGUAGCCGAACCGAAAUUCAGUUUGAUGGCAAAUCUCGCAUUGUCAGAAGCCGACGAAACAAUCGAUGUUGUUCAUUUGAAAGUGUCGAAAAGGCGAGGAACUAAUAAUUUGACAGUUUGUCUACGCGAGGGUCUCGAAGCUCAUUUUGGGAAUAAGCUUGUCUCGAUGGCUGGUGUGUUCAUCAUUCGUGAGGGAAAAGCCAAGCUGCACGUGAUGCCUGAUUUCCCGGGAUGUCCUUUCGAAAAUGCUGAGCAUGUUGACAAGUGGCUUCGUUAUUUCGAAAUGGAUGCUCCGCUCGUUUGCACUACCGUAAUUCAUUCAACCGACCCCGGACACAAUCUAAGAUUGGAGCACACGCAUUGCUAUAGUGAGCAUGGAGAUGGUGGACAUUACCAUUAUGACACCACACCGGAUACUGUAGUUUAUGAAGGAUGGUUUGCACCAUCGGAAAAAAUUUAUAGAAUCGACGAGAUUGGAAAUCGAAGCAAUUUCAAAUGA